AUGACUACAAAUAACCCAGUAGAUCACCACCUUACUCUUAUUGACGCUUUAAAUCUGGAAAGUGAAUCAGAAGACUCAAAUUCAGCAGAAUCUCUUGCUUCAUUAGAAAGUGAUACCGAAGAACGACCACCCGAGAAGAUACUCACUGAAAUAGUGGGGAAGAACAACCAUAUCUGGUAUCUCGUCAAGUGGAAAGAUUGUCCUCUUUUACGUUCCAGCUGGGAAGGAGAAUCGUGUUUUGAAAAUUAUCCUUGGGUUUUUGAUCAGUGGCUAGUUAAUAAACAGGGCCAAAAAGAAGGAAAAAUUCGGCCUUUUGACUUGCAAGCUUUCGAUCAAGCCUGCAAGGACCUCGACCUAGCAGAGAGGCAGCGAAGAAUUCUGAGACGGUUCAGAAGAAAAGCUAAACGACUUUUAUCGAUUGUAGCUGAUUGA